UCUGUCUAAGCACGAAAUCCGGACCUCUCUUGUUAUGCUAAUAGAGGCUGACAUCACCGUCGAGAUCAAAGGCACCGGGCCCGAAUAUAUAUAACCAGUGACCGGAGCCAAGGCCGAGAGGGAAAAGACAGCCAAAACCAUUCAGGUACCGCUCUGGUGCGCGCCACCGGGAUACGAACCUAUGAUCUGCACUCUACCAAGGAAAGAAAAAGCCGUUACUUGCAGUGGCAACAACCGUCUUUUCUUUUACUUGUCAUAAAAAUAUGUUUCCUUCUGGAAUAACGUUUUGUAAUCUGGAUAUUUAAUUGUAAGACUCUGGCCAGUGAAAAGGAAGCCAGUGGUACAGGACGAACCUCAAGCACUUUCUCUUUCACCUCCCUGACUUUGCAGAUUGCAGUCACCUGUUGAAAGAACACUUUGUCAUUUUGCUCAGGACAUCAAUUUUCCUUCAAAAGAAGUUUCGAAGGAUUUUCUUCUUUUCACCUCUCUGGAAAUUCGAGUUUUGCUGAUAAAAUGAGGCUGGAGCUAUGUCUUUCAUUAUCAGUUUUGCUGUCUCUGCUCUUACAGUUUGGACUAGGCCACGGAAUUAAAUGGUUGGCGUUAGCCAGGACACCCCAAUCGCUUGCUCUGAAUCAGACUCAGCACUGUAAACAGUUAGAAGGGUUGGUCCCAUCCCAGAUGCAGCUGUGUCGAAGUAACUUGGAGCUCAUGCACACGAUUGUCCAUGCAGCCAAGGAAGUGGCAAAGGCCUGCAAGAAGACCUUCGCGGACAUGAGGUGGAACUGCUCUUCUAUUGAUAUGGCACCAAACUUCCACCAGGACUUGGAAAGAGGCACCAGGGAGUCAGCGUUUGUCCAUGCCCUGUCUGCAGCUGCUAUCAGUCACACCAUAGCUAGAGCCUGCAGUACGGGCGAUCUUCGGAGCUGCUCGUGUGGUCCAACUCCAGGAGAGGUACCUGGCCCUGGUUAUCGCUGGGGAGGCUGCCCUGAGAAUCUUCAUUAUGGACUCCUAAUGGGCUCUAAAUUCUCAGAUUCGCCAAUGAAGGUGAAAAAAUCUCCAUCACAAACAAACAAGCUGAUGCAUUUACAUAAUACUGAAGUAGGAAGGCAGGUCCUAAAAGAAUCUGUCGAGAUGAAAUGUAAAUGCCAUGGAGUGUCUGGUUCUUGUUCUGUCAAAACUUGCUGGAGGGGACUUAAAGAAAUAGCGGACAUUGCUCUCGAGCUAAAAGCCAAGUACUUAUUAGCCACAAGGGUGGUUCACCGUCCUAUGGGUGGGACACGUAAACAGCUGGUACCAAAAGAUAUUGACAUAAGGCCAGUCCGAGAGAAUGAACUUAUUUACCUGCAGACAUCACCUGAUUACUGCACAAAAAAUGAAAAGCUGGGCUCAUUUGGCACACAAGACAGGCACUGUAACAAAACAUCCAAUGGCAGUGAUGGGUGUGGUCUUAUGUGUUGUGGAAGAGGUUAUAAUCCAUACAUGGACACUGUCAUCGAGAGAUGUCAUUGCAAAUAUCACUGGUGCUGUUAUGUGACAUGCAAAAAAUGCAAAAGGACUGUAGAAAGAUACAUUUGCAAGUGAAGAUGAUUCUUUCUUCUUUGAAAUGUACCCUGCAAAUACAUUACAUACAGAGAGAACAAAAGCAGUAAUAAACAAGAGAGGAAUGUUAUUUUGUGCAGUAAAAUGUGUAAUUUAUGCAGAUUCCAUUUGAACAAGGGAAUGCUAUAAUGACAAAAAAGUAUUUGUUUUACUACAGGAAUGUUUACCUUG